AUCAACUCAGCACUUCACCACCUUAAUUAACUCACACGUAUAACCGCCUUCCUACUAAACAAAUUUUAUUUUUGGGAAACAGAAGCACGAACAAGAUCAGUCUAUAGUGUACAUCCUUUUUGAAAACCCAUAUGUUUUGGGCGGUGGUGGCAGACACCCAAAUUUUGCCCUUAUUUUUUUUGGUUCAUUCUACACACAUACACCCUCUUUUAGUUCUGUUCAUCACCCAUUUUCACCAUAUCACUUGCAGAUCUCUUAUUUCUUGUUAAAGAAACCAUAUAGAGAGGUCUUGCUUAUGUGUUUUUGAAGUGUGAAAAGUUGGUGUUUUCUUGUUUCUGCAAGGAUGAAAAUUCAGUGUAACGCAUGUGAGAUAGCAGAGGCGAAGGUACUCUGCUGUGCUGAUGAAGCAGCACUUUGUUGGUAUUGUGAUGAUAAAGUUCAUGCUGCUAAUAAGCUUGCUAAUAAACAUCAGAGAGUCCCUCUUUCUGCUUCAUCUUCACCCAUGCCCAAGUGUGACAUCUGUCAAGAAACUGUUGGCUAUUUCUUUUGCCUCGAGGAUCGGGCUUUGCUCUGCCGAAAAUGCGACAUUUCUAUUCACAGCGUCAAUGCUUAUGUCUCAGCUCACCAGAGAUUCUUGCUGACCGGAGUCAAAGUGGGACUUGAACCUACUGAUCCUCCUGGGUCAGCAUCCUCAGGAAAGUCGCCUCCCAUUCAGAAAGUUGUGGAGCAAGAAUCUCCUCCAAUUCCCAAGAGUAUUGCUCCUGGGUCAUCAGUUGCUCCAUCUAACGGCAUAUUACCUGUCCAUACUAGCGAGACUGGGGAUUUUGCACCUAGUAGACUUCCAUCGGUUGGAGGUUCUGCAGCUGGAAUAAUUCCACAAUGGCAAUUUGAUGAAUUUCUUGGAAUGGGUGAUUUCAAUCAGAGUUAUGGGUACAUGAAUUAUGGGCCAUCUAAGGCCGACAAUGGAAAGCUUGGAGAAUCAGCUAGCUCUCCAAUCUUAAAAGAUGCUGACGCUGUAGUUGAAGGUGAUGACUGCUUUAGUACUGAGGUGCCAGAUACAUGCUGGGCAGUUCCGCAAAUUUCUUCGCCACCAACAGCUUCUGGACUACACUGGCCGACGGAAACUAUCCAGAAUCCAUUUGAUGCUGCAUUGUUGGAAUCUGAUGCUAGUUACUUCCCUUUGCAGAACAUUCAAGAUCAACAAUCAAAUGGUUCUGGUUUCAAAAGGAGUAGGCAUUUCUAGAAUAUUCCCAUCUUUCUUACUUUAUGUGUUGAAUAAAGUGUUUCGGGCACUGAUCUUGUUAAGAUAUAGCGGCAAGUGUUAUUUUAUGUUUCGUUUGAGCAAUUGUCUAACCCCCUUCCUGGUUUAAGUUGUCUUCCUUACGGGAUGGUGCUACAGAUGAUAUGAUUAAUACUGAACAUGUUGGUUUUUACCUCGACGCCCAGUGGUGGUUCAUAGAUUCUCUGUUACCGAAGAAACCAGUGGGUUUUUCAGGGUGUCAGCAAACCGGCACAAGAUCUUCAAGCUCCUCGGAUUGAAGGAGGUACUAGUUGCUCAGACUUGGUAAACCAAGUGGAGGUACUGCCUUGGUUUUUGCCAUCGCGUGAAUGAUGGAGUCGGUCCAGUUCUGAUUACCUGCUGUAUUACAAGUUUUGUAUCUAAUAGUUUAGCCGCAGAAGAAUAGCUCCACUGUUCACGUUAGUUACAGAAUGAUGCACCGGGAAAAGCUUAUUGUGUCUACUUGAAUAUAAAUGAUAUGGAUGUUCAACUGUUUUGUUUCUCA